AUGGAGCGCAAACUUUUACGGACGCUCACCCUCUUAAACCACUUCAUGGUUUUCGCCUCAGCGGCGGUCGUCACAGGCCUCCUAUCUUACUUCAUGAAUGAGUAUCCCUACCGCGGAGUCCACAUUGUCUACCAGGAAGUCAUCGCUGUCGUAACCCUUGCCGUCUAUCUUGUCGCCAUGAUUUUCCCGCUCAUCAAGUCCUAUUGGGGUCAUUUUAUGCCGCUGCAUCUUAUCUUCUCCUACCUCUGGCUCAAGUCCUUUAUCUUUUCCACUCAAGACUGGAACCGGGGGCGCUGCUGGACUGCGCCGCCUGGUCAGGGACUGUGCGAGAAGAAGCAUACAGUGGAAGCAUUCAAUUUUCUCGCAUUCCCCUAUUUCAGUUUCCUUCUCUUCUGUGACGCCUUGGCUGAGGCUCUUAUCUGGAAGGCCCAUGAUAAACGCCACAACGUACCACAGGACCGCCCUGAGACGAGUAUUCUGCGGUAG